AAGCCUGCGCGCGGCGCCACCAUGCGGCGGAAGGCGGUAUCGCUCUUCUUGUGCCACCUGCUACUCUUCGCCUGCGGCGGGGUGGAGGCAGGCAAAAGAAGACAGACAAAAGAAGAGCGCUCGGAGGACGGCGGCUCCGGGGUCUGGGGCGCCCUGACCUACAUGGCUGUCGGAGGAGGGCUCCUGGCCGCGGGGCUGCCCGUUCUGGGCUUCACGAGCACGGGCAUCGCCGCCAACUCUGUGGCCGCCUGGUUGAUGAGCUGCUCCGCGGUGGCGAACGGGGGCGGUGUGCCCGCCGGGGGGCUGGUGGCCGUGCUGCAGAGCCUCGGGGCUAGUGGUGGCAGUGCCCUCAUGGGCAAGAUUGGUGCCUUUCUGGGCUACACUAUCCACAGACACCUUGAAAACAGCCGGGAGAAGGAGGAGGAAGUGGAGGAGGAGGAGUAG